AGGAGUUGACUCAGUAGAAACAUACAGAGCGGGGUGCAUGGAAGUCGUGCUUGGGGAAGUAAUGCACUGUUGCUCUGCCCCGGUUAUCACCCUCCUUUGCAAUAAGCGUUCACUUCUUUGACUUCAUGAGCUUAUGAAUAUUUGCUUGCUUGCUUACUUUCCAGGGAAGGCGGAUUGCCCCUAUUAUGCUAAGGCAGAACUCCUUGCUGAUUAUUUGCAGAAAAAUCUGCCUCACUUCAGGGUGCACAAGAUUACUCAGCAUCCAGACAACUGGGAGAAGUGGCUGCAGGAGAUCUGUGAACAGAAUGGAUGGAAACAUAAGCGCUCUCCAAUUAUUUGGAGGGAAUUGUUGGACCGUGGAGGAAAGGGACUUCUUCUGGGAGGAUUCAAUGAUUUCCUUGAACAUGCCCAGCAAUACUAUGACAUCACAUCCGACAUGAUGACUGAAGAGAUGCUCACAAUAGCCAAGGAGAACUUGCAGACUCACAUAGUGAUUGACCAGGAGGAGGAAGAACUUAAAGGCCUUAUAAAUCCAUUGCACAUUUGGAUAAAUAGAGCAUCAGCUAGUAUCUGCUAUCAUCUGAUCCCUUUGUUAAUCAAUGGGGAAAUAUUUGGAAUGGAAACUGAGAUCAGCCUCCACUUGCUUGACAGAAAGGGCUGCGAAGAACUUCUUGAAGCUAUCGUUAUGGAGGCUCAGGACUUGGCAUCCCCUGUCCUUCGUGGUGUCACUUUGUACACUGAACUGGACGACAAGACUUUUCUCGAAGCUGAAGUCAUCAUUUUGCUUGAUGACAUCCUUCAAGAGGCAAUCCCAUCUUUUGAAGAAUGCAUCCAGCAAGUUAUCAAUCAAUGUGAAAUAUAUGGUCCUCUGAUAGAGAAGAAUGCCAAAAGUAAUGUCAGAGUUGUUGUGAUGGGGAAAACCUUUGUCAACCUUAAGGCAUUGAUGCUUAUUACACAUGCUCCAUCCAUCAACCCUCAGAAUAUUGUCACUGUAUCCCUGCUCUUGGAAAAUGAAGCCAAGGCCAUGAUGGCAAGAAAAAUGGGAAUGCAUCCAGCAGGAAUAAAAAAUCUCAUAGUCUGGGGUAAUAUCAGUGGGAGCAGCUUCAUCGAUCUGAGUAAAACACAGCUCUAUAGAUAUGACAGCGCCAUCUGGGGCCCACCAAGCUUUUUCCGUUAUUUGAUGGAUGUCCUGUUUGAUCGUGAAUGGCUACGAGCAGAGUUUCUGACUGCGAUGAGUUCGUUGAGUUCCUGGGAAAUUCAUUGCGUAGGCAUUGCACCAGCACAUGCCAUUUUUACUGUGCUGAGGUACUGGUAUCUGGACUCCCCUCCAGGAGAGCUGGUCUCCCUGGGAGUACUCAGUGAAGGUCAGUUUGGGAUUCCUGAGGGAAUUGUCUACUCCAUGCCUGUAAUUUUCCAGAAUGGAAGCUGGAAGGUCUCCACAGAUCUACAAAUCAGUGAGAAAAACCAAGAAUAUCUUCAGAAUAUAACCUAUGAUCUGAUUCGGGAAAAGCAAGUUGCAUUAGGUGAAGUAACAGAAUUGUAUCCAGAGAGAAAAGUCAGCCCUGUGCCACAUCUAGCAGAUGAAGAGGAAAGCCUCCAAGCUGAGGAGGAGGGACUUGGACUUUCACCCACUAGCCAAGGGAUCACCGAAGAAAAAGAUGGAGAAACUACUGCUGAAGGACUUGGACCAUCACCCAGUGGCCAAGGAAUCGCCGAAGAAAUCACCGAAGAAACUGCUGAAGAGGCUGAAGGUUCUCCUGGUGAGCCAAAGAAUCCUGAAGAAGAAAACAUCGAAGAAUCCACUGGCGAAAAUGCAGAAGAUCCUGUAGAUGCUCCUGAUUUGUCUUAAGCAGAUGCCAACUUGAGCAAUUGAGAAUUAAGUUCAGAAUUCACUGCUGCUUAAUUCAGCUGCCUCUGAGAAAAUCCCUGGAUGCAUUAGCUUCUGUUGCUCAACAACAGGAAAACGUUAAUUCUUCUUUCUGAAUGUAAUGAAUUAAGUAACUGUGUAAAAACUUAAGCGUGUUUUGUCUUCCAUGUGCAUACUAAACAAACAUGGCACAUUUUUGUUGGAGUAUUUGGAUCAAACCAGUUUAGCUCCAUUUAAAUGCAGCGAUAUCAUCUUGAAAAUCAUUUUGUGGGCUGGAAAAAUGCACUAGAAAUUCAAAACACUUAUAUUAAAAUUUGUAGAGGAUGAUGUUCAAAUCCAUAGCGAAAUUUGGAUGAUACACCCUUCUGCCUUCUUACUACACUUGAUGGAGGAGCAAGAUUAACCCUUUGGAGCAACCUGAAAUCUGUUUUGCACGCUCAACUGUCUAAUCGACUCAAGGCUUCUUAGCACCCUCUAGGUGCUUUAAAGACUGCUGACUCUGGGGUUUUUCCUUCACAGCCAGCUUUCCUCCCUCACCUCCUUGUUGUGUUUUUCUCAACAACCAGUCUCAAGAAGAUGUAGUUCUGGAGAACUGAGAAAACUUGCUCGCCGCUUUGUGACGUUUUAGUGCGUUCUAAUAAAGAUGAAAUCUUAAUAAGGCUUUGAUAUUUAUUUCCAUUGGAACAACCCAGGUAUGCUACUGUUUUUGAAAUAAGGAAGUAUUUUGGAUAUGUUAU